UAUAUUUAAAGCGAAUUUUAAAACGAACAGGAGGAGAGCCAAGGUGAAUUACCAGUUAAAUGUAGCAUUUAAACGUUUUGGGCGCGUAUUUUGAAAAACCAUUUACUUAGGCGCGCUGCCGGCCGCAGAGAUGGCCGCCGAAAACUAUCACCUCAAGUGGGACUCGCACCUCUCCUAUCUGAACUCUUCCAUAGCCACGCUUUACAAAAAUGAAAAAUUCGCCGACGUGGUCCUGUACAGUUCGUACAACAGCAGUGGAAUCCCCUCGGACAUUCCAACGGUAGGCAUCUCGGCCCACAAGUUCAUCCUCAGUGCUUCGUCCCAGUUCUUCGCCACCAUGUUCGAAACGGCACCGAUCACAAAUCCGAACGGAGUGCUCUACGUGGUCCUGCCGCCGGAUCUCAGCCACCGGGCCAUCCAGAUCCUGGUGCAAUAUAUGUACAGUGGCGAGGCCACCGUUUCCAAUGACAUACUUAACGAGGUCCUGCGUGGCGGUGAGAUCCUCAAGAUUCGCGGUCUGUGCCGCACCAGCUCUUCCAACGGCGGUGGCUCUGGCUCCGUAGUGACCACAUCACACCAUCCGCAUCCACUUUCCGGGCAUCUGCAUCCGCGCGAGGCCAGUGCCAUGUACAUGUCGAACGGCACACGAUCCAGCUUGCCUCCUCCUCCGCCGCCGCCUUCGACCAUGGCAACUCAAAUUCAGGGAGACUUGUAUGCCAGCAAGAGCGGCGGAUCCACACGAUUCGCAAUGGACCACCACCACCUGUCGUCGCACCACAACCACCUCAGUCACCAUCACUCUCAGCAGCAGCAGUUCCGGGGUCUCGGCGUAUCCGUAAUGCCCAAGGACUCGCCCGUGAUCAUCAAGUCGCCGAAAAUGGCCGCUCACACAGGACUCCUCACCGUGGCGAGCAGCAGCAAGCUGGGCAUUUCGGUUAACAAGGAGGUGGCCAUCGAUCCGGAGGACAAGUGCUGCUUUGCUGCUCCGGGACAGGUGGAGGCACAGUCACAUCCUCCGCCGCCAACCUCAUCAACGACGACCGGCGGAGGAGGAGGUUCCGGUGCUCCGCCAUCGCAGCCCAUUUCCAUCUGCACGGAGGUGGGCUGCAGCAGUUGUCCCAUGGCCACUGGUCCCAGUGGGGAUCACGCGGAGUCCACGCUGCGAAGGACGGAGUACGAGGAGCAGGCACUUCGCGAAAGGAACGAAGUGGGACUCGUAUUUGAAAGGCGUUUGAGGAGAGAAAGUGCUUGUGAAAGAUCUCGUGACUACUAUGAAGCACCCCAUUUCGAGCACGUGGUGUCAUCCCGCCUGGCUGCCACUCCACCACCACCACCGCCGCCGCCACAACAGCAGCCAUCACAUCCGCCGACACUUCGACAUCCGCACAACUUCCUCACCAUCAAGCAGGAGCCGACCGACUGGAGCAACAACCCACCAAAUGCCUCCAAUGCGACCAACAACAACAAUUUGGAGGAGGGGCCAAUGGGUUCGCCCAAGCAGCCGCUGGACUUCAAGAUGUCCGCCGUGAAACUGGAGGUUAACAGGGAUCGUGGAACACCCUCCGAGGAGAGCGAGGAGCACACUCUGCGGGAUUACAACAACUUUAAGCAGUUGCUGGUCUGCGAAAUUUGUCAGAAGUCUUUCGAGGACACCAAGAUGCUGGUCCGGCAUUUGGGCACACAUGCGGGUGAUCCGGCGGUCGGGACGGAGCGGAACCUCCUGCCUUCCAGUGCCAGCGGGAGUACAGCCACCGCAUCCAGCAAUCUCGCCCUGCGAGCCGUUAAAACCUAUGUGCCAAAGAAACGACGUCGGGUUUCGCAACAAGAGAACAACAUGGACCAUGAUCAUGUCACAUUACUCUGCGAUUUGUGUUCCACAUCCUUUGACACACCCGCGGAGUGGGUGCGGCAUAUGAACAGUCAGCACACGGAGAUCGAGUUGGCCAUGUUCAACAGCAAGAAGGACGGCGAGCAGAAGGGCCAGCAUCCCCAGCCGGCGACCAGCAGCUCUUCCACAGUGUCCACCAGCCAAAUGCAGCCAAAGUAUCCCAGUUCCACCGCCACGCGAUCGACGCAGUCCCUCGUGCUGCACAAGAUGGGCAACGUUGAUGCAGCAACCACAUCCCCCGGAGCAGCCACCUCACCGAAUGCCUAAGGACAUUGGUUCAAGGAGCAACAUCAAAACACCAAUCGUUCAUUUGGAGCUUUAGAAUUGGCGCCUUGAUGGCGCAGAUCCAUGGGCUCAAGUAGCCACCAUAAAACACCAUUCUGUUCGAAAAAUUCAAGUCGUUCCAGUAAUCAAAAGAGGGAUGUUUAUUAGGCAACAGCAAGAACCGUGAUCAAAAUGCAACCAGAUUGCAUAUUUUAUAGAGCAACAAACAAAAUACAAAAUCGCAAAAAAAUUUAACGAAACUAUAAACGAAACUUAGAGUCGGAAUCGUCAGGCAACGAUACAAAACAUAAAAAAACUAACAAGCAAGCAAGAAAUCUUGAAAACGAAACAAAUUUAACAUUUAACUCAAGUGUGUAGUUUUUUUUAAGUGUACGUAUUUACUUAGUUUUAGCUACUUAUUCCCCAUGUAAUUACUGUAACAACAACGCGCAAUUGAUACGAAAAACAGACAACUAAACAAAAUUAUUUAAAGCAGUUCGAAUGUUUUUUAUCAGCGGACAUUGUCAAAGAAAAAAUUUUAAAAUCUGAUUGUUUAAUACAAAUGAUUGUUAGAACGAAACUAUUUCUUUCGUAGGACCAACAAGAGCGGAAAGAUUAAAUUAUUUUUGGAUUAUGAUAAAAAAUCAAUUGGAACAGCGAAUGCAAUAAUCAUUCUUUAUUACUUGCCAAUUUGUUUUCACAUUUUUUUUAAAUUGUAAUAACUGAUAACUACUAUUUUGUAUGACGUUAUCGCGGCUUUAUGACAUCAGCAAAUUUGUUGUAUAUUUACUCGUACAUUUUUUUUAUAUUUUUUAUAAAGCUUCAACCGAAAUUUCGAGAACUUUUUGUAAAUAGAUUAAGGUUUUUUUUGAAAGUCCGCCGAUCAAAACUUUUUGCGAAAGGUUUAUAAACUUAAAUCUCUAGAUGUGUGUGUAGUAGUUGGAAGUUCAAUUAAAAAACUCCCCCCAACCAUGUAAAAAAUAUAAUAUAUACCGAUAUAUAUAUAUAUUUACAAACAGGCGUGAUUAUUAAAUAACUAAGUAGAUGUAACAGGUGCAGGAGGAAAUUGUUUCUUCCCCAAACAAAUCGCAAAUGUAGCAAAGCGUUUUAAAUGAAAUAAACGUCUACGAUGAGAAAUCGUUUUUAAAAGCGAUAUCGAAGAGCAGACAGAACUAAGA